CAUCUUUUCCUGUAUCUAGAUCCAUCCCUGGGCUGAGAAAGGUUUCCCAUACCUGAUCUAUGUAAGACUGCUGUCAGAAUGAGUGAAACGCCUUCAACCAACUACUCAAUGAUUCAGCCCCGUACUUCAGAGAGUGAACAGUCUUUGUCUGUUCGUCCUUUCAAUGUCACCGAACCUGUUGUGGCCAAACGGAUCUGCUUUUACAAGAGUGGCGACCCUCAGUUUAAUGGGGUAAAAAUGGUGGUCAAUAACCGCUCUUUCAAAUCAUUUGAUGCCUUGCUUGACAACUUGUCGAAAAGAGUUCCAUUGCCUUUUGGGGUGAGAAAUAUCACUACACCACGAGGGAUACACAGUGUCAAUAAUUUGGAAGACCUUGAAGAUGGCAAGUCAUACAUCUGUUCCCAACAGAGGAAAGUCAAGCCCAUCAACCUGGAGAAGGCCAGUAGAAAGCCAUUGCCAUGGCAGAUCAGCAGGCCAGUCAGUGCUCGCCGCAGAGCUGUACAGUUAGCUAGAGAGGGCGAAGGUGGUGUGUUCCAGCAAGGAAGCACUGCCAGACUCAGUAACCCUAAGAAGCUGCUUGUUUUCAAAAAUGGCAAUGUAAGAAUCCGGCGCACUGUUGUCUUGGGUAAGAAGAACACACAAAGCUUUGAGGCCUUUCUGGACCACAUCAGUGAGCUAAUGCAGUACCCUGUUGUGAAAUUGUACAUGACAGAUGGGAGAAAGGUCCCCAACCUUCAAGCUCUAAUACUCUGCUCUGGAGCUGUUGUAGCUGCAGGAAGAGAGCCCUUCAAAGCAGCUAAUUAUGAUCCUCGUCGGUAUUCACUACCUAGUAAACUGCCUGGGGUCUCCAGUCGUGUAUACCCCAGAACAAAUGCCAAGUCGGAGGGUAGAAAAACUAGGAAAUGGAAGGUAACAGUUUUUACCAGUGACCUACCAUCUGCCAGCACCAGCUCACAAGUUUAUAUUGUACUAUAUGGGGAUCAAAAUAAUUCAGGAGCUGUCUUUCUAUAUGGAGAGGAGAAAAAGGUGUUUGAAAGAGGAAAUGAAGAUACAUUCAUUAUACAAACGGAAGACCUAGGAGAGCUCUACAAAAUACGGAUAGGGCACAAUAACUCUGGAGAAACCCCUGCCUGGCACUGCAAAGAGCUGCAUUUGCAGAAUCUUGUGACAGGGGAACAGUUUGAUUUCCCUGUAGAUAGGUGGCUGGCACAACAGGAUGAUGGCGAAAUAAGUCAAGAACUUCCUGUUUUACAUCUGGGUCAGCCCAUUCUUCCAGUGGCAGUGUAUGAGGUGCAUGUGGUAACAGGUGAUCUGUGGAAUGCUGGAACAGAAGCUGAUAUCUACAUUGCUGUCUAUGGAGAAAAGGGUGACACUGGUUCCCGACAGCUCCGUAGGUCAAAGAAACCUAGGAAAUGUGUAAAAGGACAAACUGAUAUAUUUUUACUUGAAGCCGUGCACCUUGGAAAUCUGCAUAGAAUUGUUAUAGGACACAAUGGACUUGGCUCAGGAAAUGGUUGGUUUCUGGAGCAAAUUGUAGUCAAGGAUUUUAUCACCAGCUCGGAUUAUAACUUUGCGUGCCACAGGUGGCUAGAUCAAGGAGAAGAUGAUGGCAAAAUUGUUAGAGAACUGUAUGUCACUCUUGACGACACAUUUGCUGGGAGACAAGAGCUGGAAAUCAAAAGAGCAGAAAUGUGGGCAGCUGAAAAAUGGAAAUUUCAGAAAGGCAAUACACUUCAGUUUUACAACAAGGUAUCCCAUGGAUUCAUAUGCCUAUCUCCUGAUGGAACUGUUCAUGCCCGUGGUGACAAGAAAGAUAAAUACGGUCUUUUCGAUGUGGCCAUCAAAAAAGGAAACACAUGUGUGUUUAAAAGUCACCCAGUGCCACACCUAGCCCUUGGCUUUGCUCAUGGUUCAGUUGCUGCAAUGAACAAUGGUGACGUCCACUGUGAGCUGCAGGUUCACGUUCAGCCAAGUCGUUGCGCAAUUCUGGAAUCUGCCCGGAACCCAGGGCAAAUGGUGACUUUCAAUCUCCAAGGCACUGUAGCUGAUGAUGCCACAAGCUAUGCAGGACUGACAAAGGAGUUUGUAGUUCAUGUUAAGGGAGUGUUCCACAACAGUGCCAUAAUUUUGCUCACUACUAGCUACUGCCAGUCCCUCUGCCUGAGGCCUGAUGGGAGCUGCAGUGGAGCAGGAAAUCAAUCUGACGACUCUUACUGGAGAGUACAUAAAAUCAGCUCUGGGGUUUGCAUGUUUGAAAGUGUAAAAAACCCAAGAAUGUAUCUGAGGAUCAAGGAUGGGCAGUGUAAUGGAACGGGCACAGGAGAUGUGGACUGUCAUUUUAAAGUGGAAAAGAAUUUAGAAAGUGGGUCUGUAAGCCUAGAAUCUACACGAAACAGAGGGAUAUAUGUAGGUCUCCUGCCUAAUGGUCAGACCAAACCAGUUGUUCAUACUGGAGAAAGCAACAUUUGGUUUUACCCGCAAGUUGUCAAAUUUGGAAGAGAGAAGCCUAUGGGAACAUCUGCAACGCCUGCUCAGCAGAAGGAAGUGAUCAGAGAAUCCAAACACCAACAAGCAGGAACUCAAAAUUUAGUGUCCUACAGAUGUCCAGAUUCUCCUCCCUCAAAGGAUAUGAGAAAUAUCCAAGAUGGCGAGUCUCCUUUUCCUUCAGCUGAUAAAUGGAAAGUGUCAGUGCUGACAGGAAAUGCAGGAACCCGAGCAAAUGUCACUCUCUGGAUAUAUGGAGACAAAGGGGUUGCUGGACCAAUAGCUCUUGGCAAGGACAACAGAGAACAGCUGUUUCUACCCAGGAUGGAAGAUGCAUUCCAGGUUGAAAUAAAACAUAUUGGAAACAUCUACAAAAUCAGAAUAGGGCAUGAUGGAACAAGCAAACAGCCAGAUUGGAUGUUGGAAAAGGUAAUCCUACAACAUCUAAAGAGUGGGAACAUUCUGAAUUUUCCAGCAAACAAAUGGUUGUCAAGGAGCAGAGGGAAUGGAGAUACUCUGUGUGAACUUCCAGUAGUGGAAAAAGGAAGAAGCCUUUAUCCAUCUGUGAGUUACCAGGUUUAUGUGUACACGGGGCACUUGGAAGAUGCUGAAACAGAUUCUUCUGUUUAUUUAUGCAUAUAUGGAGAAAGAGGAGAUUCUGGUUUGAGACUUCUUCACAAAUCUGACAUGGCGGUGAAAUUUCAGAGAGGAAUGGUCGAUCGGUUUGAAAUACAAGCUGUGUCACUUGGAAGACUACAGAAGGUGCUGUUGUGCUGCAAGGCCUAUAGCAUGUCACAGUAUUGGUACUGUGAGAAAGUAGUCAUCAGAGAACCUGAGAAAAACUCAGAAUAUAUUUUCAACUGUGAAAGGUGGCUGCCAUUUACCUCCCAAGGCACAGUUCAUUCAGAAAUAGAACUCUCUGCUCAAGAAAUGCAAAUAAAUCAUCAGCUGAAAAUGCAAGAGGAAGAAAAUGGAGAAGAUUGGAAAAUCACUGUAGUCACUGGAUGUUUUGAAACAGCUGGCACAACAGCAACUGUGUCCCUGUAUGUUUAUGGAGAAAAUAAGGCUUCUGGUCCUCUUAUUCUGGGAUCUGGGAAACACCAGCUGUUUAAUCCCCACAGUACAGAUACAUUCAAGAUUAAUCUAAAAGAUGUUGGAGAGCUGUAUAAAAUCCGGAUUGGCCAUGACAGUAGAGGACCAGAUCCUAGUUGGUACCUUGAUGAGAUUAGAAUGAACUCGCCAUUGGACCAAGAAAUUUGUUUACCUGUCAACUGCUGGCUCUCUGAAAGCCAAGGUGAUGGAGAAACAUGGAGAGAAAUAGCAAUAGGGAGGCCUAACAAAGCACUUCUACCAUUGGUAUGCUACAAUGUCAGUGUAUACACUGGAACAAUCCCUGGUGCAGAAACAAAUUCUAAUGUGUACAUUACCCUCUUUGGAACCAGAGGAGAUUCUGGAAAACGAAAACUUCAUAAAUCAAGGACUAAUAAAGUUUCAUUUCAGCGGGGUCAGACUGAUGUGUUCUCCAUGAUGGCUGUAUCGCUUGGAGUUGUGAAUAAAAUUCUCAUUAGCCAUGAUGGAACUGGUCCAGGCAGUGGUUGGUUCCUUGAAAAAGUUGUCAUCAAAUUUCAAGAGAGAGAGGAAGGGGAAGAAGAAGAAGUAGUGUUUCCCUGUAAUAGAUGGCUAGAUGAGUACCAGGAUGAUGGGAAGACAGAAAGAGAGCUAAUUGCCAGAAAAAACAGUAAUGCACCAAUGGCAUAUAGAGGUCAGUGGAGAGUGCUGGUAAAGACUGCUCAAGAUUCCCCACUGUCACGGGAGUGUAAAAGAACCCUUGUGAUUUACGGCUCAAAGGGCAAAAGUGACAAUCUUCUCCUUUCUUCCCAAAGCUUGGGAGAUAUGCCCUUUCAACCAGGAGCAACUGAUGAAUUCCUUAUUGAAUCUGGAGAUGUUGGAGAUGUGUAUAAGAUUCGGGUCAGCUGUGAUGAUUUGCCAGACUUUGAGGGUUGGCAUUUGAAGUCUUUUCAGAUGGAAGAGCUGCACACUAAUCAAGAAGUGAACUUUGACUGUAACUGCUGGUUUUCUGUUAGCCGAGAAGACCAAGAGCUGGUGAAAGAAUUCCCUGCAGUGACUGAGAACCAGAAGCCUUUACCAGUGCAUAAAUAUGUUGUUUCUGUACACACUGGAGAUUUAUGGGGAGCAGAAACCUUUGCAAACCUUUACGUAAUACUUUAUGGCGAUAGAGGUGACACAGGUAUCAGGAAACUGCAACGUUCUUUCACUGCAGGAGAACAGUUUACAAGGAAUAAGGUGGAUUCCUUCUUCGUGGAGGCUGUUUCCUUGAGCCAUUUGAAAAAGGUAGUUAUAGGACAUGAUGGAGAAGGAUAUGGAGCUGGAAUAUACUUGAAGAUGGUAACAGUUAAGAAGUCUGAGAACUCAGAUAAAGAAUGGGUCUUCCCAUGUUGGAAUUGGCUGGAUACUCACCUGGGAAUCUGUGACACUGUGUGUGAGAUUGAAACAAUAGGUAAAAAACUGAUCUCUUGCACAAAAGAUCCUCAAAUCAACAAAAAGUCCUCUGGUUUAUGGAUAAUGGAUAUCAUUGGGUCUGAUAUGAACACUGAAACUGAACCUGUAAACUUGACUUUCAUUUUCUAUGGAGACCAAGACCGCAAAAAGCUGUCACAUCAGUUUUCAGGAACGGCAACAGAAAUCAAAGCUGAACUGGCAAACAUUGGCUCCCUUUACAAAAUUCAAGUAUCUGGUCCACAUGCUCUGCUAAAGGAGUCUUGGCAUUUAGCCAUGCUGCAUAUGAAACAUACAGGCACCAACCAAGAGAUGUGGCUAAAUUUUGACUGUUGGUUCAAACCGAAUGAAGAGACCUGUGUUGAACUGCCAGCAUUGUGUUCCGAACAGGAUCCCUUUCCUGUUGUGGAAUAUUCCAUCCAUGUACACACCGGAGACAAAAAGAAAGCUGAUGCCACUGGAGAGGCUUAUAUUUGUAUUCAAGGAGGCAGGGGAGACUCUGGGAAACGAUGGCUUAAUCCUUCAAAAAGUGGUCCAGUCACUUUCAGCAGAGGAGAGGUGGAUAUUUUCACAAUCAAAGCAGUGCACCUUGGGAAGCUGAGCCAUGUCCUUGUAGGCUUUAAAAGUUUCAACAAAGAUGAUUGGUUCCUAGAGAAGAUUGUAAUAAAAGAAGGAAGCUACCCUUUUACCACAUACACCUUUGUUCACAAUAACUGGAUCAGUAAACAUUCAAAAAAAGAUUUUACGGAGCUUUCAAUUCCACUGCAAGAAAUGACUGUAACAUCUGGCCCAGUGAAAAUGUUUGAUGUUAGAAGUCAAGGACAAUGGAAAAUGUGGAUGGAUUGUGCCCAUGUUCCAGAAAAGAUUCCUGUUGUAAAAGUGCUUGUGUAUGGAACCAAUGGGGUAUCUCUUCCACAGAAUGUCCAGAGUAUGAAAAAUGAUCCAUUUCUGUUAAGCGUUGGUGAUAUAGGCAGCAUAACAAAGAUAUCCUUUGUGUUAUCCAACACCAGUUUGAGCAGAGGAGUUAAACUUCUCAAGCUCCGGAUGAAAGACUUGGACACUAAAGAAGAACUGGGCUUUCACCCUUUAAACCAAUGGCUUUUUGAAGAAGAUGGGUCUGAGACUGUGACAGAGCUAGCAGCAGUCAGACCAGAUAAAGCACCACUUAAGGUGGUUACUUACUCAAUCAGUGUCCACACAGGAACGUUACCUGCAUCAGAAACAGAAGCAGAUGUCUUCAUUACAAUAUUCGGGGAGAACGGGGACUCUUACAGAAGAAGACUUAGGUGUUCAGAGUCAUGUGCAUACUUUGCAAAGGGUCAGUUGAAUACCUUCAGUGUCCAAGCAAUAGAUCUAGGAAUGUUGAGCAAAGUGGUUGUGGAACACAAUAGAUCUGGUUAUGGAGCGGGUUGGUACCUUGACCGAAUAAUGAUACAAGAAUCAGAGAAGAAUAGUGACCAGUAUGUAUUCCUGUGCCAGCAAUGGUUGGACAGUGGAGUUGGUGAUGGAAAAGUGAAACGAGAGGUGCAACUUCUUGGAAAAGUUAGGAAAGAGAAGCUGGCUGAAAAUUUUCAUGGUACUUGGGAUGUCACUGUUACAACUAGAGGCAUUUCAAGCAAUGCUAUGAACCCUAAGUUGACUCUUAUGGUUUGUGAUGACAACGGGGCAUCUUCUUCAGUCUUUAUUCCCAAAGGAUCAUUUCAGAGGGCUGAGGCUUAUCAGGCAACACUGGAGCUGGAUAAGAAGUCUAAUAUGAUAUGCAAAGUUCGCUUGGAAGUAGAAGACACAGAUGGGGAAAUGUGGCAUUGUCGUGAGGUGAAACUUCAGCACAGAAAAAGCAAACAAAUCCUGGAAUUCCCGUGUGUCCGAGAUUUUUCAGAUGCUGAAGGAAGCACAAUGGCUGAAUUUCCAGUUCUCACAGCUGGCUGCAACUUUUUAGCAGUUAAACAGUAUGUUCUGUACAUCUCAACGGACUCCUCCCCAGAAUCAGGAACAGACUCAGAUGUGUACGUCACUUUGAAAGGAUCCAUGGGAGACACUGGCAAGAGGAAAUUAGUUAGAAAUGGAAAGGACAUUUUUGCCAAGGAGAAGGUGGAUGUUUUUCAAGUGGAAGCCAUAGAUAUUGGAACUCUAUCUGAGCUGCUUGUGGAAAAAGGAAAAGGCUCUGAUUGGCAGCUUGAGAAGAUUAUUGUGAAGGAGCCAAAGUUUUCAGGAAGGGAGAUACUUUUUAUGGCUCAAACAUGGCUGAGAGACAGAACUGAUCGGAAAAGAUGUGCCUCAGUAACUCUGACUGGUACAGAAAUACAGGAAAGGAGAAGCACCACUGCCUCACUGUUACAAAAGCAAGAGAUGAAAUCAGAAGGUUCAUGGAAGAUUUAUUUCACUGAAUGUCAUGAAAAUUCAUCAAAAGAAUUUAAGACGUCUUGGGGAAACAUUUCUAAACUUGUUUUGGUAUUUUAUGGAUGCAAUGGCAAAUCUGAACCAAUUUCCUUGGAGGAUAAAGUAGGAGAUCAAGCUGAGGACCAAGUAACAUAUGAUGUGUAUUUCCCAGCUGAUUUGGGAAUGCUCUAUAAAGUGACGUUUGGGCUUCAUCACUUGGGAGAAAGCAUAUCCCAGUUGUUUCAUCAUUGUAAAAUGCAGAACACAGGAACCCUGGACACCUUUAGUCUCUCCAUAAAUAAAACACUUCCUCUUCUUAAUGGAGACCAAUGGAUUGAAUUCCCUGUAGAGUGGCCAUUAAGGGAAGCACUUUCCGUUGUUGCAUAUGAUGUAAAAGUAAUCUUCAAUGAUGCCUCAAGCAAAAUCAGCUCCAUACAUAUGUCUCUGUGUAUAUACGGAACCAAUGGCGACACUGAAAACAGGAAGCUUUUGUUGCCAUCUCAGCUAGGAAAAGACAGGGAGUCAUUUACAGGUCAGAUAGAUGCUGUGGAUUUGGGGGAGCUACACAAAGUUACACUACUCAUUGGAAGCAAAUCAUCUUGCAAACUGGAUAUUAAAGCACUCCACCUGAAGGAAGCCCCAAAGAACGAACCUGUAUACAUAUUUGAAGUGAAUGAAAUAUUCCUUUUGGAUGCUAAUGAACCUGAAAUAAGGAAAGAAAUCCCUCUCUCUUUUAUUACCAAAGAAGGCAGUAGCUCAGAAAAUCUGAUAGAGCAUAUUAUUAAAGUGUACACCGGUGACAAAAGGGGAGCAGGAACUGAUGCAAAUGUGCAUAUAAUUUUGUUUGGAGACAAGGACACAUCUCAGUUAAUUCAACUCAAGGAGUCUCUAGAUCAUCGAGAUCCCUUUGAAAGAGCAAAGACUGACACAUUCAGAAUCAAAACAAAGGAUGUUGGAAGGCUGCAGAAAAUUGAGAUUGGACAUGAUGGCAAAGGAUUUGCAAGUGGCUGGUUUCUGGAAAAAGUAGAAAUCACAGAUGUGUCUACGAAUGAAUUAUACUCCUUCAGUUGCAACCGGUGGCUGGCUAAAGAUGAAAAUGAUGGACGUACCGUAGUGCAGCUUUCCGUGUAAUUAUGCACUCCGAGAAUCCUAUUUGAACAUGCUUUCCCUCAACAUCAAGCUGAUUGGGUUUAUUUGUAUUUUCUAAUUGUGAACGAACUAUAAUUAUCAUGAAGAAAUAUCAAAACAAUACAUCAUAUUUGAAUACUCGAGUGAGAAUGUUACCAGGAAUUCUGAACACCUGUACCCAAACAGGAAUAAAGCAGAGAUACACUGUUGCAA